UAAUUGUGCUAAAUUAUGAAAUAAUUGGCAACGGUGUGAAUUGUAGUAAAGUUGUCCUUCAUUCGUGUGUGCAGCUGCAUAGUUAUUGAAAAUGCAGGCCGCCGGGAUUUGUGCAAAAUUCAGCCCAAUAUAUCGGGGUUCAUUAAUUUCACACAAGUACUUAGCAACUUUAAGAGAUCUUCAAAUAAGAACUUUCGCCAGUGAUUCAUCAGAAUUUGACCUGGUGGUUAUUGGAUCUGGUCCCGGAGGCUAUGUGGCUGCCAUAAAAGCUUCUCAAUUAGGUUUAAAGACUGCCUGUGUUGAAAAAAAUGCCACUCUAGGCGGAACAUGCCUGAAUGUUGGUUGUAUCCCUUCAAAAGCUUUGCUACAUAACUCGCAUCUCUAUCAUGUGGCCCUUCACGAAAUGAAAAACAGAGGCAUUGACUGUGAUGGUGUUAAACUUAAUUUAAGCAAAAUGAUGGAACAAAAAAGUACAGCUGUAAAAUCUCUAACAUCAGGAAUUGCUCAUCUUUUUAAGCAAAAUAAAGUUGCUCAUUACAGAGGGCAUGGUAAGAUCACUGGUAAAAAUCAAGUUACAUCCGUUAAAGAAGAUGGGUCUACUGAUGUUAUACAAACCAAGAAUAUUUUAAUUGCUACAGGGUCUGAAGUCACACCAUUUCCUGGGAUUGAGGUCGAUGAAAAAACAAUAGUGUCUUCUACAGGUGCUUUAUCAUUGGAAAAAGUUCCUGAGAAAAUGGUUCUAAUUGGUGCUGGAGUCAUUGGAUUAGAACUGGGAUCUGUUUGGAGUCGUCUUGGUGCCCAAGUAACUGCAGUUGAGUUUUUAUCUAAUAUUGGUGGUGUUGGAAUCGAUCUAGAAGUAGCUAAAAAUUUUCAACGAAUUUUAACCAAACAGGGUUUGAAAUUUAAAUUGGAUACUAAAGUUACAUCAGCCAGCAAAAGUGGUGAUAAAAUUAAUGUUAAUAUUGAAUCUGCUAAAGAUCCAAGCAAAAAAGAAGAGCUGGAGUGCGAUGUUCUUCUAGUAUGUGUAGGCCGUCGACCUUACACAUCAAAUCUAGGUCUCAAAGAAAUUGGUGUUAAAAAAGACGAACGAGGAAGAAUUAUUGUUAAUGAACGUUUCCAAUCUAGUGUUCCAAACAUUUAUGCUAUUGGUGAUUGUAUACCUGGUCCUAUGCUUGCUCAUAAAGCUGAAGAUGAAGGUAUCAUUUGUGUGGAAGGUAUAACAGGAGCUGCAGUUCAUAUAGAUUACAAUUGUGUUCCAUCUGUUAUUUACACUCAUCCAGAAGUAUCUUGGAUUGGCAAGAAUGAAGAAGAGCUAAAGAAAGAAGGAGUACAGUAUAAAGUUGGGAAGUUCCCAAUGGUUGCAAAUAGUCGAGCCAAAACGAAUGCUGAAACGGAUGGUUUUGUCAAAAUUUUAUCAGACAAGGCAACUGACAAAAUUUUAGGAUGUCAUAUGAUAUGUUGGGGAGCUGGAGAACUGAUCAAUGAAGCUGCCCUUGCAAUGGAAUAUGGUGCAAGUUCUGAAGAUAUUGCUCGUGUUUGCCAUGCUCACCCAACUGUCUCUGAAGCCUUCAGAGAAGCAAAUCUAUCAGCAUAUUUUGGACGACCUAUAAACUUUUAAGAAAAUUUUAUAAUAUGUGGCUGAAACUAAUUCCAAGGACAUAUUCUACAUUUAAUGUGUAUAAAGAACAUAUAGAAGUGAGCAUUUCGGUCCCAAGAACCUCUUUUAUUAAGUGAAGUUCAUAGAGGCUAAAAAAUUUAUUGUACAAAGAUUAUAACAUGUGUGCAAAUAAAUGUGUUCGUUAUA